GUGGUAGAGAUAAAGGGUUUAUUUUUCUCGUAAUUUCUUACACCCGCACAACAAGAAGGUAAAUGGUGUUGCUGGAAUUGUGCUAAAGUCGUAUCUUGCGUUUGAUUGUGGAGUCAGCGGUUGAUAGCAGAUGUUAAAGGUUAGUUAGGUUAUGGAGUGGCGAAGCGUUUCAUCAAAUAGACCAGUGAUUUGUUUACGUUGUACGGAAAGAGAAUGCGGCUCUGGAAAAGAAAGUUUCUUAUAUACGUGGUGUUCAACUUUUGGUUUAUAGUGGAAGCCGAACGAAAUGUCAGACAAAAUGUCACAGAAAUGCUGCCUGCGACGACUGCCAACCCGUUACGAAAUAUGACAUCAUCACUUGAAGAUACGUCCACAGGGGAAUCAAGAAAUGGCACGACAGACGAAAUAGGACAACCAAUAGAUACAACAGAAUGCAACCUGACCCUACCGACCGAAGCCUACUGCGUCCCAAUCCGCAACUGCUUGACCUUAUUUUACUUAAUGAAUGACACCUCACUACGAUCUAGAAGAUGUGGUCCUCGUAUUGAAAACACGAAAAACCCCUACGUUUGCUGCGAAAAAUACUACAUAUCAAUCGAAGCAUUACUGACAGGUCCAAGACCUACUCAAAAAACAGUAACCUCCAGACCAGACCAGGAGAUAAGUUUCGAAACUGAAAAACUCUCUCCAGCUGAUGAAAUCCUCGAUGCAUCUCCAAAAAGAACAGAGAGUAUCAGACCUCCUCAAAUCACAACUACUAGAACACCUCAGACCACUCCAGCAAAUGACAUUUCUGAAGGCUGUGGCAUUCAAAACAUCGAUUCAAGAAUAGUCGGUGGAGAGCCAGCAACCAGAAAAGAAUUUCCUUGGUUGGCCAGACUGCUUAGAAGAGACAGUCAAGGAGAAAUGAUCUUCAGCUGCUCGGGUUCUCUUAUCACGUCAAAAGUGGUGAUGACUGCAGCACAUUGCUUGACGUCAGACGCUCUAGUGGCCAUAGGAGAGCUAUACGCCGUCUCUCUUGGAGAACACGAAACCACAUGUGACCCCGACGCAGACGAGUGUUUGCUGAACAAAAGAACUGUGAUUGUCUCGAGUUUUAUUGUCCAUCAACAGUAUGAUAAAAGAUCCAGAAAUCACGACAACGAUAUCGGGUUGGUCUUUUUGCGGGAUAAAGUAAAGUUUACAGACUACAUAUUACCGAUUUGCUUACUAGAAAAUCGCGAAAAAACAAUGGCGGAGUACUUCGUUGCCGGAUGGGGUAGAACAGAAUCAGGGGGAGUUAGCGGAGUCAAGCUUAAGAUUGCCAUUCCGUAUUUUACUUGGGAGCAAUGUGCGAAAAAAUACAAUACCACUAGGUUGCAACUAACAGAAAGACAAAUUUGUGCCGGUGGUGUGGAAGGAAUGGACGCUUGUCAAGGCGAUUCGGGAGGACCAUUGAUGAUUCGUAAAAAUGGUAUGAGAUGGUAUGCUGCCGGAAUUGUUAGUCUUGGCAUAGGUUGUGGAAAAAAAGGAUGGCCUGGGAUUUAUGUAUUCGUACCGCACUAUACGAACUGGAUAAAGGAAAAUAUUAGGCGGAGAGUAUCUAAAUGAUUUUUCACGUCACUGAUAUCUUUGAAACGUUGUAUGUAGUCAGUGAACAACAACUUUGUUUUUGGCUUGAUUUCGUACGUAAGUUUUGUAAACAUAUUUAAUAUCUGUUUGGUUUUAAGGAUAUCAGUAGUGAGAAAAUAUCAGUAUACGGUAAAACUAAACGUGCUAGAACAAUAAACAUUCAUCUUUCAUCGAAA